AGUAUUUUUAAAGAGAACGCACGCAAACUUUCUAAACGUCAGUUACAACAAGACCUCGAAACUUUCUAGUUUUUCUAGUUUUCUUCUAUGAAGUUUCGCCUGGAGCUAUUAAUUAGAUCCCAUAUCCGGCGCGCGUUCUAAUUCUUUUGAACUUACGAUGAGUAUUUAACGAAGCCAGUGUCAGUGAAAAUGGUGCCCCAACAGCAAAGAAGAAGGAGAAGAAGGGCCGCUUUGGUUCGGACUUCGGAGCGUCGUGUUGUGGUCGCGAGAGGCCCUGGAGGGUUUGGAUUUACUAUAGCGGGGCAGCGGCCUUGUGUAGUAUCUGCCGUGGCGGCUGGAGGGCCGGCAGAGCGGGCUGGUCUGCGCGCAGGAGACGCUUUGAUUGCUGUCGAUGGGGCGAACGUAGCGCGGGCUCCUCACGCCUCUGUGGCUCGGCUGGUGGCAGCAGCGCCAGGAGCGAUCGUUUUGAGUGUCGCUCCGCGGGAGGCUCCGCCGACGGACACGGAGGAUACCGAGCCAGACGAGCGGGCGCGGACUAGGCGACGGCACCCACCGCCGAGGCGCCGCCCGCAGCCUGCUAUGCUCCACCACCCAGCAUGCCACGCUCCAAGCACUUCCAACGACAUCCUCCACCUGAGCCGCGCGCACCUCACGCCGGCCCAGGCCGCGCGCCUCGAGUGCCGCGCCGUGGUCGGCUACCUCGGCACCAUCGAAACCCCCAGCGCCGCCGCCAGCACUGCCCCCGGCAACGUUCGCUCCGCUGUACGCAAGCUCAGACAGGAACGACGACCGGCUACUCCGGUUUUACUGUCUGUCUUACCUAAUGCGUUGAAUCUUAGACGCCCAGGCGGACAAAUCCUUGCCCAGUAUCAGAGAGAAAGAAUACUCUACGCUGGAUGCGGCUCAGAUGCUGACAGAAGAUACUUUGGACUUGUAACGGCAGCGGACACUGAAGAGCAAGUAGAAGCGUCACAUAGCUGCCAUGUUUUCGCCGUUGACCCUAGAAUGGCAGAGCAUGAAGCGCAUAUAGCUCGAGCGGAAGAAUUCCAGUUAUCGUGCACUAGAGAUGCAGUCGCUGAGAGGUGUUUAGAGUUCCCACCGUCAGCGGAGUAUGUAGUUGGAGUUGUCAAAGGAAUGUACUCCUUACCGGCUGAUGAUAACAGCCCGAAUCUUGCGCAGAUUUCUAAGCUGGCUAUUAAAGGCGAUAGUCCCGCGUUUGGAAAUUUUUCUAGAUGCAAUAGAGCCAUUUUUAGAGUGCCCAGAGAAAGACGGCCGUGUAGACAGGAUGAAAGGCUUGAAGGUCAAGAAUUCGUCGCUAACUCUCCACAGCCGAGUAAUCAUAGCGAGAUAACGACUACGUCUUCUAACAGUGAUUCUGGUAUAGGCUUUCAUAAUGACUGUAGGAAUAUUGCUGACCGGAUUUUGGUAGUCGAUUUCGCUGGGCCACAACCUCCGGUGAACAGGUUUAGACAGGAGAUGCCCAGGCGUCCUUUAGGGCUGGUUGGCUGUAGUUUUGAGGAUGGUUCCUUUCUGUCUAACACGACUCCUGUAGUAGAUGGUUUUGCGGGACAAGGCAGGCCUUUGAACUCGGAUGAUGUGCUUAACUCUGAUCUCCAAGCGAGACAUGUGAGCCCUAGAAGUGAGGAGGAUAAUUACAACUAUAACGCGUAUGGUGUCGCUUCAACUUCGGGCUCCAGGAGUUUCCAGAAUGGAGUUUUGUAUGAUCAGGUCUAUACAGAACCUGAAAUACAUCACUACGAGCUCCCAGACAUCCAACUCGUUCGCGUAGCCGAAGCUUUCAACUCCGUCGAAAUAUACGAAGAAAAAGACAAACCUUUCAACUCCGUCGAAUAUGAAGAAAAAGUCUGUGACAAACCUUUUUACUCCGUUGAGACCUAUGAAGAGAAACAUUCUGGGAAUACUUUUAACUCCGUUGAGAUAUAUGAGAAGUCGGUGUCCGACAAGUCUGGCAUGGAUAGUAUGUCCAUGUCGGAGGCAAGACCAAUGGGGAGAAGACAGGCGUCGUUGGAUGAUAUACUUGUACUGGGACGGCCGCCUAAGAAUGAUGAUGAUCAUUUUGUGCAUCCUGCGACUGUGAAAAGCAAGGUACGCAAAAUAAAACCCCUAAACCUACUCUCAAAAACGAAGCACAUGCUCACCGGGCGAGAACGAGACAAAAAACUCGACAGAGAAAGAGCACGCGCGCUCAGCGCGAGUGCGGGCGACGUUGCCGCUCCGGGCGCCGCGCCGCAGGAGCUGCCCGGCGCCGCCAGCGAGCCAGACUUGAGACAGAGCGAGCAGACGUCACCGUUCCGGCGCUGGACGACGGGCAGCGGCGCCGGGAGCUCCUACCGUCACCAUCACGACCCGCGCGCCAUGUACAAUAAGCAAAUAAGCGAGGGCGCCGCACCAGCGGUGCCUGGUGCGGGCGGCGUGGCGCGCUGGUCUUUAGGUCUUGAACAAUUGCUGGCAGAUCCAGCAGGUGCUGCAGCAUUCGCGCACUUCCUCUCCAAGGAAUUUGCAGCUGAGAACAUUAGAUUCUGGUGGUCCUGCGAGCAAUACGCCGCCGCCCCUGAGUCCGGGCGCGCGGCCCUCGCCCAAGAGAUCUGGUCACGACAUCUCGCGGAAAAGGCGCCCGAACCCGUCAACGUGGACGCCGCUGCGAGGAGAGCUACUGAAUUAAGGAUGCACCAGACUCCAGCACCACAGGACCUUUUCCAACAGGCCCAAAAGCAGAUCUUCAACGUGAUGAAGUUUGACUCGUAUCCUCGCUUUUUACGCUCCGGCGUACAUGCUGAAUGCGCACGCGCUGAUCUUCGUGGUCUGCCCGCACCGUACGCGCCGAGAGCGACGCAGCCUGAACCCCCAACUCCUACAAAGUGUUUUGACGUUGAACAGCUGAAGAAGUCGGCCUCCAACGCGUCGGAGCGGCGCCGCAGCGGGGGCUCGCUGCUGCCGUGGCGGCUCCGCGCCGGCUCCCGGGACCGCGCUCCGGACCAGCCGCCUGUCACUGAUCUCGUAAAAUCGAACAUGUCCGGCCAAUGCUCGCUCUGUCGCGUCGUGCUGCCCGACGGCGCGUCGUCGGUUGUCGGAGUGGACGCCGCGCUCACGGUGCGGCGGCUGGUCGAGAGGCUGCUGCAGCGGCUCAACCUGCCGUGCCCGAACUAUGACGUCAUCGUGAGAGACGACCAGGGUGAAUGUUCAAACAUCGACCCGUCCCAACCGUCCACGGUCCUAAGCGGGCGCGAAGCCGUCGUUGAGCGUCGCUGCGUCGUCCGCGUUGAGGUCGCGGGGAAGGUCGUCGCUGUGCGAUGUAGACCUCAACGCCGCGCCGCGCACGUGUUGAGGCCGGUGUUGAGGAGGUACCUGCCGAGGGCUUCGCGGUACCGCUUGUUGAGGGACGCUGCGCCUUUGCCACUGGAUACACCUGUUCAGGAAUUAGAUGGUGCGCGACUCCUCAUACUAGAAAUACCGGGCGGUGAAGAAGUUACAGAGGUGGAGUGCGAAUUGAGUGCUGAUGACGAGUUGGACUCGCUCAGCGAGAUGGCGCUGCGGCUGCACGACGAUAACGCUGAUGCUCAGAGCGGCGCGAGCAGCACGAGCCGCAGCGACGCGAGCGGCCGCGUGCGCGCCGCGCUCCGUCCCGGACCUCCGCUGCAUCACCAUCCGCCCGAUUUCCUAAACAACCUGCAAGCGGUACAACGGCUGCGGUUACACAGCGGUAACGGAGCGGUUGCGGAUGCGGAUGCGGGUGCGGGUGCGGCUCGCUCGCCGCCGCCGCUGCCGCCGAAACCCUCCGCGCGCCCCGCCGCGCCCACACUCGUGUGAGCGACACCAGCGGCGGAGCCGAGCGCUCUCGGGAACGACGAAAAUGUUCAGUCCAAAAAAGAUGGCGUACUCUUCAAUCAGAAGACAUGACGUCAAACCGCAAUGAUUGCGGGUCGCCACAGUGCAGACAAACUGUUGAAGAUUUAUUAUAAUAAAAAUAAAGUGUAUAGUGACUUUUCAAUUAUAAGAUGUGACGUCAAACCGCAAUGAAGAUGCGAGUCACCUCGUUGGAAAGAGAUUUGUUGAUUUAUUGUAAUAAAAAUCUUGAAGUGUAAAUGACCUCAAUUAGAAGAUAUGACGUCAAUCCGCAAGGUUUGCGAGUCGCCUCAGUGCAGACAAACUGUUGAAAAAUAAUUGUAAUAAAAAAGUGUAUAGUUACUUUUCAAUUAGAAGAUGUGACGUCAAACCGCAAGGCGCAAUGAAGAUGCGAGUCACCUCGUUGGAAAGAGAUUUAUUGAUUUAUUGUAAUAUAAAACAUCUUGAAGUGUAAAUGACUUCAAUUAGAAGAUAUGACGUCAAUCCGCAAGGUUUGCGAGUCGCCUCAGUGCACACAAACUGUUGAAAAUUAAUUGUAAUAAAAAAGUGUAUAGUUACUUUUCAAUGAGGGCUAUCGUUUUUUUGCUCACCAGUUGGCGCCUCUGUUGAUGGUGGUCCAAAAGACUAAAGAACAGCUGUCAGUCAUUGAAGUGACAAGUGACAUUUGACAUUUCGAACUAUGGAAAAGACCACCAUCUACACUAGCGCCCCUAGCGGCGAAUUCAUACGCGUUAGCCCUCAUUAGAAGAUGUGACGUCAAACCGCAAGGAGGUUAGAGAGAGAUUUGUUGAUUUAUUGUAAUAAAAAUCUUGGUAAGUAACACUUCAAUUACAAGAUAUGACGUCAACCGCAAAGUUUGCGGGUGCACUGUUGAGGAUUAAAUAUCUUAGUGUAUUCUAGGGAACAAACGCUUAGCUGCGAGUGAGUUUAAAAUUAAAACUGUAAAUUACGCUUAAUUCGACUUGGUUGUAGCAAUCAUUAUGAAGUUACAUUAUAUCGUUGUCUGAGUACCUCACAAGCCUUAUUAAGCUAAACGUGGGACUUAGUCAAUUUGUGUAAGAAUGUCCCUAAUCCCUAUAAUAAUAUUUAUUAUAAAACAGGAACAGUAUAACUAUGUUCUUUAAUAGUCUUCGGUUGUUUUAUCACCAGUGAGAUUUCAUGUUCAUAUAAAUAAACAAUGUAGCAUCUCUUUUGUUACGUAAAGUUUUCAUGGACGGCAUGAGAAUACACAAAUAAUUACAGAUUUAAAAGAUAUUUUGCGAUGGGGUUGGCAACUGUCAAAGCCAUCAUAGCUUGCCCCUUUUUUCUAUGAGAUUUGGCUUAAAGGACUGGCAUCCAGGGCAUAAAAUUCUAUUGAAAAAAUAUGACAAUUCUAGGGAUUGACCGGGUAAGCUAUGCUGGCGCCAUCUGCUAAAUACUUCGACCGGACUUUGUAUUGUUAGGUACUUAGAAAUUGCAAACAUGAUAAUUUGAUAACAUUUACAAUUCUAACUCAAUUUUGACCCUUGUGUUUUUAGAAACAAGAAAAACACCGAUUACUAUUAUAAACUUGGUAGUAUUGUUUUCACUAAAUAUUGAACAUUGACUUUUCCAUACUUAAAAAUCAAUCCGCAAGCGCAUAAAUGGCGCAUUUCCUAUGAAAUGGGACCUUAUUGUCGAUGGCGCUUACGCCGCACAGCGUCGCGCGGCAUUGUAUUUAUAUCGGAGCAUCGUUUAUAAUGGCGUAAGCGCCAUCGACAAUAAGGUCCCUUUCUAUAGAAAAUACCACAAAUUAUUGAUAUAGACAUAAAAAUAAAAUAUUGUACAACUUAAAUAUUCCUAUUAAGCACGUGUACAAAUGCAUGCCAUGGGAUCAUUCCAUUUUAGAAUCAUUGUAAUCGUCUAUAUGUAUGAUUUUCUCGUUAUUUUACCUAUGUCCAGAGUUUAGUGGGAUCAUAUUGUACAAAAAAAGUAUUAUAGUUGUAAAUAGUUACUUAAUAGUUACUAAUAUUUGGUGCCUUCCAUAGACAUAAGACUGCACUAACAUUACUUUUAUCGAAAUGUGGAGCGGACCGUAAUAUUAUAGAGCGUAAUUUUAAGAUCUGGUAACAAAUUGUAAGUUUUGUAUACCCACAUUUCAUAUCAUUACCCACUGUCCCAAGUUAUUUUAAUAGUAGAUACAUUACGAUACAAGUGCGAAAAAUAGGAAAGUCGUAACAAGUGGCGAUAAAUUAAAACGCGACCGAAGGAGUGUUUUAAAUGGACACGAGAUGCGAAUCUCCUAUUCGCACGUGUAUCGUGCAUCGUUUUACACUACAUUAUGGCCCUUUAAAUUGCAUUUUUAAGGCACUAGUGCGGGAAAGUAGCACCAUAUGUACUGUAAUAGCUAUUUAUGCAACAAGUGCGGAAAGUGUAUGAUUUCCGACGAGUGGAAUUUUAUUCACGAGCGAGCAAAGCGAGCGAGUGUAUAAAGGAAUCAGAGUCGGAAAUCAUCUUUACGCACGUGUAUCAUACAAAAUGUUUUACUAUGCAUUGUGCGAGUAAAUAAAAAAAAAUAUCAUGGCAAAUAAGUUUAAUUAUUAAAAAAAAUGAAACAAAAAGCACUAGCGCGGAAAAGUGCUCUUUUCCGCACUAGUGCGAGAAAGUAGUACCAUAUGUACUGUAAAAAAUUUUUAAAACAAAAAGCACUAGUGCGGAAAAGUUGUACUUUCCGCAUGAUAUGGCUCCGUAGGAAACGCACUUUUCAAGCACAUCCAUUGUAAAACUUUCUUAAACAAUCUGUUCAUGGACAGCAGUUUGUUGUUAUAAACAUAAAGAACUCGGCACUUUAUUAUACAUAAUUCUGGCAACCACUUAUGUGGUAAGAAAGAUUGUAUUUGACUUACAUUUAUGACACACACAAUUUUAAACAGCACCCCUAUGUGUAGCUAUAUCAUUUGAUAUGUCGAAUUUUGUGUUAAAUUAGUCAAUAGUAAUUUAUUAUUAAAAAUAUUGUAAAGCAAAUGAUUUAUGCUCGGAGAGUAUAUGCAAUAAAAUAGUGUUAUUAA